AUGGGAAUGCUUCGUCUGCAAAAUGCGUCACCGGAUCGGCAUAGGCUGCUGCUCUUGCUAUUGAUCCCCGCGGUGGUUUUCACACUGCAAUUGCAGUUUAGAUUUUCGGAGGCCGCGUGCGACAAGGUGCGGAACGUGCUGGUCGUUGGCGCGGGGAUCUCAGGUGUCGCCGCGGCGCGACACAUCGCCGUCACUAAUGGCGAGUGCUUCAAGGUCACGGUGCUCGAGGCGCGCAACCGCGUGGGCGGGCGCAUGUGGAGCCGCACGGAGCCCGCGCCUGCAGCGGGCGUCGGCAGCGGCGGCGUGAUUCGCGGCGAGAUGGGCGCGCAGUGGAUCCAAUCAUCAACAGGCAACCCCAUCACGGCCCUUGCGCGCCGAUUCAAGCUCAAUAUCGGCGAGCAGAACGGCGAGGAGAUCCAGUACCGCGCGGGCGGCAAGGCCUACACUGACUUUCAGCUAAAAGUCGCGUCGGCCAAGUACGACUGGGCGUUGAAGCGCGCCAAGCAGAUCGCGAAUAAUCAGGACAACGACAUCUCGAUGGAGAAGGCGUUUCGAGCCGCGGGAAACUUUCUGAACCCGUACAUCCAGUCGCGCGUGGCAGUGGACUUCGAGUUUGAGUACGCGGGCGACCUCUCCACUCUGUCCGCCUGGUACUAUGAGGACGACGCCUUUCAGCCGCCGGAUCUGGUGGUCACCAACGGCUACGAUAACAUCCCCAAGAAGCUCAUGGAGGAGGCCACUGACGCCGGAGCACAGCUGGUGCUCAACUUUGAAGUCACUGCCAUCAUGCGCCUGACCUCGGGAGCAGUACAGAUCACCGGCAAGGACACGAGCACAGGCGCCACCCGCUCGUACACAGGCGACGCUGCCAUCAUCACACUCCCUCUCGGGGUCCUCAAGGCCGGGGUUGUGACCUUCUCUCCCGCGCUCUCUGCGAGAAAGCAAGGCGCCAUAAGGCGCGUUGGGUUCGGAGAUGUCAACAAGGUGUUCUUCUUCUACAACUCCACGUUUUGGCCCACCUGGGUGGACGAGUAUUUUAUCGAGGAUGCACAGCUUCCAGGAAAUCGCGGGCGGUGGGUUGACUGGGUGAAUUUGAAGCGUGCGUGGGGAAUGACGGCUUUGGAGGGUGUUGCGGUUGGUUCGUAUGCUACCCGGAUGGCAAAAAUGAGCGAGGCGGAGUGCAUUAGGGAUGCGGUUGACAAGAUAAAAGUAAUGUUCCCAAAAUACAGGAAUGCAAAGGCGCAUGCAGUUUGGUUACAGCGGUGGAAUUUGGACCCGUAUGCACGAGGCGCGUACAGUUUGUUGGGCUGA